AUGUGUCAUGUCUCCGCUUCCAAACAGGCGAUGCUCCUGAGAGCUCUUGUUUAUAAAUUGCUUGAUGCUGAAUCAGGGUGCUCCCCUUCCGAAGGUAUGUGUACGGAACCUGUUACGAGCUAUGCACCAGAUUUGAUUAAUCACUUUAGUUCCUACUUGAGAGCCACUGACAGCAUACUACCUGAUCCAACUGUUGAGGCCAAGCUGUAUUCUUUACUGCGACAUCGUGGUCGCGAUUUGGAUUGCAUUCCGCUGAAGCGUCUCAUUCAACGUCUCUUUGGCCAAUUGUUUCUGUUACAAUCAACCCCAAAGACGAUGUACAGUUCCUUCAGCUCAAUGCCUGGUUCUGGAACCCGAAACGGUCUUUCAUCCAGUGGUUUCCAUUCGGACGUGUAG